AUGUCACAAAAUUCUUCAAUACAACUUGUAUUUUCUGAUGAGUCUGCAUAUAAUAGAAAAACACUUUCUCAAUGUUAUAGAUGGAAUUUUAAAGGAAAAUAUGCAUCAUAUGCAAUUCAAGAAGGUCCUAUGAAUAGUAAUUAUUAUACUUAUUUUAUUGAAUAUGUUUUGUAUUUUGAUAUUAAAUAA